AUGGUUGGAGUAGUUUCAGCCGCCGGUUUGGUCGGCUUCCUGUCCGAGCCAGACCCAGAGCUCAGGGUCUUUGCUUUGAAGUCAUUAGACUCACAGAUCGAUCUGCUCUGGACAGAGGUUGUCAACGCCGUUCCUGAUAUUGAGGCUCUGUACGAAGAUGAAUCAUUUCCGGAACGCGAACUUGCCGCCUUAGUUGCUUCAAAGGUCUACUAUCACCUGCAGGAGUACAACGAGAGCAUGGUUCUUGCUUUAGGUGCGGGCAAGCUAUUCAAGCUUGACAACGGUGGCGAGUACGAGGAGACAAUUAUCGCAAAAUGCGUCGAUACCUUCAUUUCUCUAUCUGCCGCCCAGAAACCGAGCACCGGUGACCAGUCCGCCCACCUGAACCAGUCCUUCCCUGCAUCCGGAGAAGGCGCCACAAGUACAUCAGCUAGCCUGACAUCCCCCAUCACACCGUUCUCGAAGUCUGCCCUACCCUCGAAGUCUUUGCUUUCGCGUCAAGAGGUUCCAGGUAUUGAUGCUGCUCAUCCUGGUGGCGACGAUACUAGUGUUCAGCACGAGGAAGCCCCGCUUGUCUCAAAGCGUGGUGUUCAGCGCCAGCUGCAGGCCGUUAUCGAACGUCUUUUUGAGGAAUGCUUCCGUCAAAAGAGCUACCGCCAGGUUAUUGGAAUUGCUAUUGAGGCGAAGAACUUGGACGUUCUGCGUAUGGCUAUCAUUCGCGCCAGCGAGGACGAGAAGAAGCAACAAGGUGAACCUCGUAAGAGUGAGGAAUUAAUGGAAUAUGUCCUGGAUAUUUGCAUGGGCAUUGUUCAAGAGCGGGCUUUCCGUAAUGAGAUUUUGAAAUUGAUUCUCGAACUCCUUAACGAGAUUCCCGCACCUGAUUAUUUCUCCAUCGCGAAAUGUGUCGUCUACCUUAAUGAACACUCCAUGGCGUCCGUUAUCCUCCGCCAACUUGUUGAGAAGGGCGAUUCCCGGUCCUUGGCAGUCGCCUACCAGAUUUCCUUCGACCUAUAUGAUAACAGUACUCAGGAGUUCCUGCAAAAGGUUCGCCAAGAGAUCGCUGAGCUCGUGCCAGAAACCGAUGCCGACAAGGAGAACGCGGAUGCUGAGCCUAAGGAGUCGGACCCAUUACUCGAGGAUCAAUCAAGCUCUCGGCAAUCGGGAGAGCAUGAUGAUGAUUCGCAGACCGCAUUUAAGAAUAUUCUAGCCAUCUUGGAUGGAAUCAAGACUAUUCAGUUGAAUCUGGAAUUCCUCUACCGGAACAACAAGGCGGAUGUCGCAAUUUUGAACAAGAUUCGUGACAGCCUCGAGGCUCGUAAUUCGAUCUUCCACACAGCAGUUACCCUUUCCAACGCUUUCAUGCAUGCGGGCACAACUCAUGACAAGUUCUUCCGCGAUAAUCUGGACUGGCUUAGCAAGGCUGUUAACUGGUCCAAGUUCACAGCUACGGCAGCCCUUGGUGUUAUUCACCGAGGUAACUUGAGCCAAGGUCAGAGGCUCCUUCAGCCAUACCUGCCCCGCGAGCACAUCGCUGGCGUGGGUGGCUCAGGAUCGGUCUACAGUCAGGGUGGUUCGCUGUAUGCAUUCGGUCUCAUUUACGCUAACCAUGGUGGCAUGGCCGUGGACCUCAUUCGUGACCACUUCAAGAAGGCUACUGAGGAGGUUGUCCAGCACGGUGGUGCCCUUGGUUUGGGUGUGGCAGGUAUGGCUACUGGUGAUGAGGGUAUCUACGAAGAUCUGCGUAACGUUCUCUAUACCGACUCUGCUCUCAAUGGUGAGGCCGUUGGUCUUGCUAUGGGUCUUGUCAUGCUCGGGACUGGUAACAUGAAGGCAUUGGAGGACAUGAUCCAAUACGCUCACGAUACUCAACACGAGAAGAUUGUGCGUGGUUUGGCUAUGGGAAUGGCUCUGAUCAUGUACGGCCGCCAAGAGGCUGCAGAUGAGCUGAUCAAUGGUCUUCUCGGUGACCCCGAUCCAACACUCCGGUACGGUGGUAUCAUGACCAUUGCUCUGGCAUACUGUGGUAGUGGCAGUAACAAGGCUGUUCGCAAGCUGCUCCACGUUGCUGUCAGUGAUGUGAAUGAUGACGUUCGACGAGUUGCAGUUCUGAGCUUGGGUUUCAUUCUGUUCCGCAAGCACCAGAGCGUUCCCCGUAUGGUCGAGCUGCUCUCUGAAUCCUACAACCCUCACGUCCGUUACGGUGCCGCUAUGGCGCUCGGUAUCUCCUGCGCAGGAACUGGACUGGAUGAGGCUAUCGAUCUCCUGGAACCCAUGCUCAAGGACUCCACAGAUUUUGUUCGCCAGGGUGCAUUGAUUGCUUUGUCCAUGGUCCUUGUUCAGCAAAACGAGGCCAUGAAUCCUCGCGUUACCAGCUUGCGCAAGGCUAUGAUGAAGAUGAUUGGGGACCGCCACGAGGAUGCGAUGGCCAAGUUCGGUUGUGCUGUGGCUCUUGGUAUCAUUGAUGCUGGUGGCCGAAACUGCACCAUCAGCUUGCAAACGCAGACUGGUAACCUGAACAUGCCUGGUAUUGUCGGUGCUGCCGUCUUCGUACAAUACUGGUACUGGUUCCCCCUCACCCACUUCCUCUCCCUCAGUUUCACCCCUACCUCUUUGAUCAGAAGCUGGAGUUCCACAGCAACACUCGCCCCAGCCUGUUCGAUUAUCCCCCCCGAGCAGCAGGUGAAGGCAGAGGAGGCCCCUGAAAAGGUGAAGACUGCUGUGCUCUCUACCACUGCUCAGGCCAAGCGCCGUGCCCAGCGUCGGGAGAAGCAAGCCCGUCGCGAAAGCAUGGACAUUGAUCAAACUCCUACCACUCCUAAGGUAGCAGACCAAUUACCAGAGAAGAUGGAGACAGACGAGGCUGUUGCUAAGGAUGGGGACGAGGCCAAGGAGGGCGAGAAGAGCACCAGUGAAGGUCAGAAGAAGAAGGCUGAGCGGGAGAAGGUUGGUUACGAGCUGGACAACAUGUCAAGGGUACUACCCGCACAGCUCAAAUACCUUACUUUCCCUGACCCACGAUACGAGCCAGUCAAGCGGCCUACUGGUGGUGUCGUCGUUGUUCUUGAUAAGCAACCAGAGGAGCCUCGAGAGAUUGUUGAAUUGAAGGCUAGCAAGGAGCCCCGACAACCGGCUCCCCCUGCCGAGACUCUUCAGGAUCGUCUCCAGGCUGCUAUUGGCACAGCUGCCCUGCAGACCCCUCAACGGGCCGCUGCUCGGGCUGCUUUGUCAGAUACCCCAGCUGGCGCUGCGGCGGCGGCUGGCGUUCUGACCGCCGCCGAUGAGGACGAGGAAGGCGCGGAGGAUGCACCUCUUCCAGAUGAUUUCACAUAUGAGACAGAUGGAGAGGAUGAGUGA